AGAAGCAUCGCAGUCUGCUACCAACCAGUCUAAGAAAUCACCAACCAAUCAACAUGAAGUGCAUCGCUAUCAUCUCCACCAUCUGCCUGCUGGCCGCUUUCGUUGCCGCCGAUAAGGAGGAAAAGAUGCUGGGCUCAUCCUACGGUGGUGGCUACGGCAAGCCUGCUGCUGCACCUGCUCCGUCCUAUGCUGCUCCGGCUCCCGCUCCUCAGGCCUACGCUGCCCCAGCUGCUCCAUCUUACGCCGCCGCUCCAGUUUCGAUCCCGGCUCCUCCCUGCCCCAAGAACUACCUGUUCAGUUGCCAGCCCAACCUGGCCCCAGUGCCAUGCAGUGCUCCAGCUCCCAGCUACGGAUCCGCCGGUGCCUACUCGCAGUACGCUCCAGUCUACGCUCAGCAGCCUCUUCAGUGGUAAAGAAAUCCAUAGAUCCGUACUGACCAUCAACAAAUGACAUCCACAAUGCAUGAAAAAAAAUAAAAUAAAAAAAUAUUUAUGUUCAAUCGUAA